ACUAGAUUUACCGCCUGCCCAAUGUUUGUAAAUAUUUUGAAAAUUUCCAACAUUCAUCUUUAAUUAAUCAUUAUCAUAAUCAUGGGUGGAUGUUGUUCAGCUCAGAUGAGGUGUUGGUUUGGGCCAGCAUCUUGUGGUCUCUGCUGCCGAUGUCUGCCUCAGAUCAACGAGUCAACAGGAACACGCUUCAUGUACACUCUAUUCCUGGUCAUUGGAUUUGUUGUGGCAUCCCUCAUGUUAUCUCCACAGCUAGAGCAAGCAUUCAUUGAUAAUGUGCCUGGAUUCAAUGAGACCUGUGUACAAUUAAUGGCUGGGGAGAACUGCAGUAAACUUACAGGGUAUAAAGCCGUGUAUCGGUUGUGUUUGGGAAUGGUGGCCUUUCAUUUCAUUUUGUGUUUACUCACUAUUUGUGUGGACUCCAGUUCCUACUGCCGUGGAGGGAUACACAAUGGGUACUGGUUUUGGAAGAUCCUGUUUUUCAUUGGUUGCCUUGUUGCUUCCUUCUUUAUGCCUCACACAUACAGACUUUACUGGAUGUAUGUGGGGAUGGUAGGAGGCGUGAUUUUCAUCAUUUUCCAGCUGAUACUGCUGGUGGACUUCUGUCAUUCUUGGAAUGCUAAGUGGGUUGGUACAAAAUCUGGUAGAAAGAGUGCCUGUGGACGUUGUGGUACUCUGCUGUUUGCUGUCAUUUUCUAUUUGGCCAGCGUUGCUGCUGUCUUUCUACUGUUUUGGAAUUACACCACCUGGGAAGGGUGCCUUCAUAAUAAGAUCUUUAUAGGAGUCAACACGGUUCUCUGUAUUAUCUUAUCAGCAAUAACCAUUGUACCUGGUGUGGCAAGAUUCAACCCUAACACUGGUAUUCUGCAGGCCUCUGUGAUUACGUUCUAUGUGAUGUAUCUUACCUGGACGGCCUUGUCCAGUGAGCCACCUGAAGACAUUGUGGAGCUGGAGAAUACUAUCAGAGUGUUCUACUCAAAACAAGUGGAUAAGAAAAUGCCAGACAAGGACAUGCCAAUGUACAUGGACGGGCUGGAUGAUAUGCGCAACAUUCACAGUCUGUCCAUCACAAAUGGUACUCAGUGUCGUCCUAAGCCUACAUUUGACCACAUGGAAAUGAUUUCAGCUUAUGCUGGCCUGUUGAUAAUGUUGGUCGUAGCCAUCUACUCAAGUUUACAAACAUCCAUUGCGUCGCACCGUCUGGGGGUGAGGAGAGCAGCAGCAGCCGUGGCGGAGCGUUACGAGUGCUGCUGCUGCUGUAAAGUCACAGGAAAAAUAAACCAUUCAGAGAAAGGAGGACAGAGGGUGAAUUAUAAUGAAGCAGAUGCUACAACUUACAAUUAUGCUUUCUUCCAUUUUGUUUUCAUCUUGGCAAGUUUAUAUGUUAUGAUGCAGCUCACCAAUUGGUACAGACCAGAGGAAUCAGAUUUGAACACAUUUGGACUAAAUUGGGCAGCAGUGUGGGUCAAAAUGGCCUCUAGUUGGGUUUGUGUGUUACUAUACAUACUGACUUUAUUCAGGCCCAAGUUUUGUCCUGGGCGUGAUCUAACAUUUCGUAGAAAUGAGCAGAUUCAAGUGGACGGGGAAGGUGAUGCAAUGAGGAGAGAAACCACAAUAUAGGGUAGAGGACAGUGUAAAUGGAGACGAUAUGUAAACACAUGUCAAUACAACAAGUCCUACUUCUAUAUGUCAGAGAGAAGAUAUUUUCAUUCUUUUUCAAAAUAUUGAUAAGUUUUAAAGAAAAAUAGCUGUAAUACACCAAGAAUUUUUACAGUGUGCCAUCUUCCAUUGAAAUUUUAAUUGCAGCACAAAAAAAUUACAUAAGCUUGUAUUGAAUUUUGCUUUUGGAAAAAUUAUAUAAUUUGAUGAGGUUCAAUGCUUCAUGUUUUUGAUUUGUUGAGAAUUAGUAAAGGUAUACACCCUCAGUUACAGAAUUAUCUUAAGAAAGUUUGAUGAAAUAGUGUUCAUGAUUCAUAUGAAAUGGAGUGUAUGGUGCUUUUUUGGAUUUGUUUAGUUUGAGGAACUCACUAGUCAGAGAACAAAGUGAUGAUUUUAUAUUGGAUUAAUUGUUUAUGUGUACUUAAUUACUCGUUAAUCAUAAUUCAUUCACAGUAGAUUUAUACACUGCUUUUUCAAUGUACAAAAUGUGUGUUUACAUGUACAUGUAUAUGUACAUGUAUUUGAUAUUUUAAUAGGGUUGUAUGUAUUGUAUGUAUUUCUUUAUACUUAUUUGGUCAUUUAUUUUAUUUUCCCAUUUUUGAGGACCAAAUUCUUGAUUUUUUUUUUACUUCUUGAAUUGUUUAUUUUCUUAUCUUUUGUUAUUCAUAAAAUUUGAUAUGGAUAAGUACCAUUUUUACCUAAUCCUUUUAAAUACAUGUACAGACAUGUAAGAACAUCUAUGAUCAUUUUGAUUGCUAGUUUUGUCUUUCAUCUUAAUGAUGUCUUUUAUAGAACAACAUUUCCACCCUCUUGAAGAGGUUUAAAGUUAAGAACACUGGUUGUGAGUUGUUGAAUAGUUUUUUUAAUGGAUUUUUUUAUUUUUUUCUAAUUCUGAAAUAAAUUUUGUAUUAAAUGUACAGUGAACUUUAAGUUAUCUGGACAUAAGAUAUCCUGUAAUUUUAAUUUUUAGACAAUAUUUCAAGGGUAUGGAACUUUUUAAUGCUAUUUUGUGUUGUGUAUCAAGAUUUUCACAUUCUUGAUCUGAAUUUAUUUUAUUUUGACUCAUGAAUAUUUUCAGUAAUUUUUAAGUGCCUGUUGACUCUUAUCAAUUUUCUUGUGCUAUCAUUUGACAUUGUAGUGGAGGAAAACAUUUUGAAAAAUUUGUGGACUUUUUAGAGAAACUGGAUACAAAGUAAGAUACUGACUGUGGAAAAUUCAGUAAAAUGUAUACAUGCAUAUUUCUCUUCUGUUAGACAGUCUCCUGAUCUUUAAUAAAGAAAUAGAAGUGAGAUUUUAAAUGAGAAUUGUCUUUGAAGAACUGUAAGUCAUGAAAUAUAAGCUUUGUCAUGUUUCUUGUAAAAUCUCAACACAGAUUUUAUUGUGUAGUUGCAUAUAUAAUGUUAGUGAUGUGUAUGCAAUGAGUUGCAUGAUAUUCUGCCAGGUAUCUUGAUUGGCAUAAAAAUUGUGCACUGUGAAACAAAUUUUAGCUGCAUACCAUUCUAAUAACUGCAAAAGUAUAAACUAUAAAGGUUGUCAUGAUAUUUUUCCUGUAGAAAAGUGUGACAAAGGAAAUUACAUGUAGCAUGAAAACUACCAAGUACAGUGUGAAUGGGUGUUGUAAAACCAGUUUGAUUAGGAUUAGAUGAUGCAGAAUGUGUGAUUAAAGACACACAUUAUUUUGUAUCCCUGUAACAAAAAUGUUUUUACCACAUUAACUUUAAAAUUUAUCAAAUUCAAUAUAAUCACUGUGUAGAAAAUACCUUUUGUCAAAUUAGAGAUCAGUCAAUGUACACAAGUGAAAAAGAAGAAACUAAUGAAUGGGUAUAACAUAUUUUAAAGAAUAUUUAGUAGGGGAUUUCUUGUUUUGUUUGUUUGAUUGAUUAUCAGGUAAUUUUUUUUCUGAGACAACUUUAAAUUUAUUUUCUCCUGUAUAUUGUAUUAUAUAGAGGUAGAUCCUCCUUUAGAACAGCUGAUUUCAUUAUGUUUAUGUUACUGAUUUAUUAUAGUGUAUACACUUCACUGCAUAAUGACAUUUUAUAAUAAUACCAUGCUGAUUCUCUUCACAUACUAUUUAUACAAGUACACUGCUUAUCCAAGAAUUAUAUUACAUGUAUGCUUUUUUUUUGGGGGGGGGAGGGAUAGAGCCUUAUUGGAAUACAUGUAUUUGCCUGUAAUCAGUGCAUGUUAAUUACCAACUGUAUAAUUUUGACAUAAAUACCUUUUUCGUGUAUCCAUGCUAUUUGUAUUCACUGAUCUAUAAUUAUCACUCCUUUUACAUUUAUGCUCCUAUCUGAUAUUACUAUUACAAUAAGGAAUACAAGGGGUUAAACAUACCAGCAUUUAUUUAAAGGAAUUCCAUGGGCAUGCUCGAUCCUCACAUGUUCCGUUUGAUAUUUCAUCUUCAAAAAACUGAGUAAGAUUUUACAACCUUAUAACCUCAUAAUAAGUUGAAGUUUACAUUUUCAGUCCUUCCUUUAAUAAAUGUUUCUUAGUUUUAUAAAUAGUCAAGGCACACUUGUCUGUAUGAACAAUGUUUGAUAUGAAGAACAGAAAGGUCUCUGUUUAAAUGAAAAAGUACAUAAGCUGUUCAAUUAAAGGGGAAACUGACUGAAGGGCAGGUUGAUCUAGACAUGAACUAAAAUAUUUUUAGAAACUAGAGGAACAAUUGAAUUACUGUCAUAUAACAUCAUUUUGAAUAUAUGUGAAUCCAUUUGUAUUUUUAUAGAUGAAGACGUGAUAAAAGGUCAUAAUGAAACAAAAUUGUGAACAGGGAAAUUCUGAUCAAUUGAAAAAAAUCCUAAUUUUGAUUGUAUUAGAUUUAUAUGACAAAGAUGUACAUACAGUAUUAAAUGAAAAUGAAAUGUGUUGAAGAGGAAAAAAUAUUACAAUCCAACUGACAAUACUGUAACUAUAAACAAACUUAUUGAAUGGAAAUAAUAUGGCAUUAUUGAUACAUUUAUUUGUUUUUUUAUCUUAAGCAGUACUAAUUUGAUGUAGUGUGAUUUAUACAAGUUUUGUUUGUUUGUUGAUCCGUGCCAUUAGGAUUUACACUGUAGAAUUUUUAUCCCUGUUAGUGAUUAUUUUCCAGUAGUAAUAUUCCAUCCAUUGUCUGUAUUGUAACCAAGUAUUUUCACCAGUGUAUUACAUGUAGUAUUUACUAACAUGAAUAUUAAAAAGUGACAUAAAAUUCUGUAUCCAUGUAUAUGUAUUGGUAAUCAUAUAGUUUCUACUAACUGUAUAUGAUAUAACCAUGUAGUCACCAUUGUUAAUUUGCUAAGUAUAUGUUUAUAUGUAGAAAUGUAUAAAGCAGAUUUUUUCAUUCAAUUGAUUAAAACUAAACACAUUAUUGUCAAGAAAUUUAUUUUUUCACAUAGAGGGUAACUUAAGGUUCAACUUUUCUACAUUUAUCUUCAAACUCGGUCAUUCUACAUGUGCUCUCUGGAUUUUAAUCACAGGGUAUUGCCAAAUUUUUUUUUCCUCCUACUUGUCACAAAUUUACCCUGUAACCUGAAACUAUGAUUUUGAUAGAUUGUUAAUAAUCUACUUACAGUAAAACAUGUUUAUAGAGAAUACACGUUUUGUAAUUCACACUGACAGUGAAGUGAAUUUUAUUAUUCCACUUGGUUUUAAAACACAUUGUAAAUUUAAUGAAUGUAAAGAAUUUUGAAUCAAAAUGGUUCCUCCCUGGUACUUUGUCAUCAGCAUGUUUUACUGUAUUUCAUCAUCUCAGAUAUUUAAUUCAUGUAUUUGACUUAUGAUUAUUGUAAUAUUCAUUAUCUUUGUGUACUUCUUUUAUAUUUACCGGGGUAAACAUGUUUUUAAAUUUCUUGUCAUCUUUUGUCUAAUUUUCUGGUGCUGAACCAGCUAGUUGUAAAUAACUCCUAAGAGCUACACAUGAACCUGGAAAGGACCAGGUGCCUUAUGUCCAGAUAGACAAGUAUAUUUUUCAAAUAAACAUUGUGUUGCUCAUUUGAUACUUGUUAAAGUGAUAUUGUGCAAUACUGGUUGAAUAAGUGUAGUAGUGUACAUGUACUUCCAAAUAGAUCUUUUUUUGUUGUUUACUGCUCUAGUUACAUGUACAUGUAUACCCACUGUACUUUAGAUUUAGUACCAAAAAUGAACUUAAAAUUAAAGUCUGACUUUUAAAUUGUUACAGAUUUCAUCAUACGGAUGUAUAAUCUUGGAAGUUAAAAUUUAUGAAUAUUUUAUUGUUUUAUUAAUGAAAAAAUACUUUCUAUUUUUUAUUUCUAUUUCACAUAACGAAAGUAUUGUUAUGACUUAUCUUAGUUUAUAUGAUUUAUGUACUAAAAUGUUAUUCGAGAAUACUGAUGUACAUGUAUCAAAUAUAAACAUUUAUUAAAAAAA